ACUUUUUGACACGUCAUGGCCGACGAAGCGCUUGUGCUGGCAGUCGGCGCCGUCCAGCUGUGGCUGAGCCCGUUCGCCAAGGUCGAAGAGAGCUUUAACCUCCAGGCGAUCCACGACCUCCUCUACGAACGCAACCUCACGCGCUACGACCACUUUGAGUUUCCCGGCGUCGUGCCACGGACCUUUCUCGGUGCGCUGCCUGUCGCCGCGGUCGCCGCGCCAGCCUCGCUCAUGCUCUCCAAGGCGCACAUGCAAAUCGCCGCCCGCGCCUCGCUGUGGCUGCUCUCGUUUACCGCGUGGCGCACGCUCAAGCGCACGAUCGGCAGCGUCUUUGGCCGCGACACCGCGGUUGCCUACAGCCUGCUCACGGCCGUCCAGUUUCACUUGGUGUUUUACAUGAGCCGGACGCUGCCCAACAUCUUUGCCCUUAUCUUGGUUUUCCUGGCGUAUGCGGCGUGGCUGCAGGGCCAGUCGCGCCGCGUCAUUAUGCUGCUCAGCGUCUCGACCAUUGUCUUCCGCGGCGACACGGCCGUGCUCUUUGCCCCGAUCUUGGUCACGCUCCUCGUCGCACGCCACGUCGGGUUUCUCGAGAUGGUCAUGGUCGGCGUGACGUCGGCGCUCGGCGCCAUCGCGCUCACGAUCGGCGUGGACUCUGUCUUUUGGCAGCGCUGGCUCUGGCCCGAAGGCGAAGUCCUCUACUUCAACACGAUCCUCAACAAGAGCCACGAGUGGGGGACGCACCCGUUUCAUUGGUACUUGACAUCGGCGCUGCCACGUAUCCUUGGGGCGUCCGCGCUCUUGCUGCCGCUGGGCCUUACAUGCUAUCAUAAUCUUCUCGGGCGGGCGCAUCAUGCAGCGGUGCAGGUGCUUUUGUACGUGCUGCUCUUUUCGAUCUUGCCCCACAAGGAGCUUCGGUUCAUUCUGAACGCGGUGCCCAUGCUCAAUAUGGCCUCGGCUGUCGUACGUCGAGUGCACGUAGUCUAUGGUGGCGCCACGUGGCCCCUACUGUGUGUCGCACUGUGUCUUGUCAUCACGGCGCUCUGCUCGGUGGUCUUUACGCUGGCGUCGCAUGCCAACUACCCGGGCGGUGUGGCGUUUGCAAAGCUCCAUGCGCUGCAACAGAUGCGCGCGACCAAGCCGAUGCACGUGCACAUUGACGUGGCGGCGGCCAUGACGGGCGUCUCCCGCUUUGGCGAGCAGUAUUCCGCGUGGACGUACCACAAGACGGAAGGCAUUACGGACUUUGGCGCGUUUGAUUACUUGGUGACCGAGACGCCAUCGCGCGAGGGCUUUUCAACGCUCGCGGUCGUCGAGACCUUUGAUCGCAUCGACGUCCGCCGUCUCCAGCUCGUGCAUCGGCCGUACAUUUAUGUCCUUGCCCGCGAUCCUACGUCGCUGGACUCGCCGGAAGCGUAAGGCUUUCGGAUGUCGUCUGGAGCUAAUGAAUGGAAUGAA